UGCCCACAAUCUGGUCUUCUGUUGUACGCCGUUUUCUUCCUCUUCCUUCCCUGGGGCCUGGGAGCCGCGGGCAGUGCGCUCUACCUGAGCCGGUCGGGGAACCUUUGAGUGGCCUGGCGGAAGCGGGCCGCGCGCGCGUGGAGGGCGCUGUGGAAAGCAGAGGAGCACACAGCAUGGCAGAAAACCGAGAGCCCCGCGGGGUCGUCGAGGCUGAGUUGGACCCGAUGGAGUACACGCUUAGGAAACGGCUUCCCCACCGCCUGCCCCGGAGGCCCAAUGACAUUUAUGUCAACAUGAAAACUGACUUUAAGGCCCAGCUGGCCCGCUGCCAGAAGCUGCUGGACGGAGGGACAAGGGGUCAGAACGCAUGCACUGAGAUCUAUAUUCACGGCUUGGGCCUGGCCAUCAACCGUGCCAUCAACAUUGCCCUGCAGCUUCAGGCGGGCAGCUUCGGGUCCUUGCAGGUGGCUGCCAAUACCUCCACUGUGGAGCUUGUCGACGAGCUGGAACCAGAGACUGAUACACGAGAGCCGCUGACCCGAAUCCGCAACAACUCGGCCAUUCACAUCCGUGUCUUCAGGGUCACACCCAAGUAAUAGAAAUGAGGCUUGGCCCCCUUAUCCACCUCUACCACCUCCUUUACCCCGCACCCCUCAGCUAUGCCCACAUCUGGCUCUCCCCAGGCUGAGUACUGUCAUGGACCUCCCACCAGAGCUGCGGAAGAAAAGGCCUGUUCCCUCAUAGCCCAAAGGACUCUGAAUUGAGAAGGGGGGUUGUCUUUUUUGGGCCCAAACAGUGGGUCUUCCUGCAUUUGUGUGGUGUGUAACUAUUGUCCUAUACAAUAAAAAGUACCAAGUUG